AUGGUUUCUUUAUAUUCCUCCACGGCGACAUGCUCACCGGCCGUCAGCUACACCAACACUCUCAUUGAGCAGCGAGCCGAUCCCCAUAUUCUCAAGCACGACGACGGUUGGUAUUAUUUCACCGCCACCGUCCCAGCAUACGACCGCAUCAUCCUCCGCAAAUCGGAAACCAUCCAAGGGCUUGCCGACGCCCCGGAAACGACGAUAUGGACCAGAAAACCAGCCGGCUCGGGCACUGGGAGCGGACAAGUGUGGGCGCCUGAAUUGCACCGCAUUGACGGUAAAUGGUACAUUUACGUGGCGCUCGGCGUCUCAGGCGAGUGGCGCAUCCGAGCCUUUGUCCUCGAAGGGACGGGUGACGACCCUUUAACGGCGACGUGGGUAGAGAAGGGCAUCAUCAAAACCAACUGGGACACCUUUUCUCUCGACGCUUCUACGUUUGUCGCCAACGGCACGCGCUACCUCGUUUGGGCGCAGCUGGAUCCUACGUGGGCCAAGGAGGGCACUAGCUUAUUGCUGGCGCCUUUGGAGAACCCGUGGACGAUUCGGGGCCCCGCCCUCGCCAUCUCCCGCCCCGACUUGCCCUGGGAGCGUAUCGGCCACAAUGUCAACGAAGGCCCGUACGUCAUUCAGAGAAACGGUACAAUUUUCAUGACAUAUUCGGCGAGCGCAACAGAUUACAAUUACUGCAUGGGCUUAUUGACAGCGUCCGAAGGUUCCGAUCUCAUGGAUCCUUCGUCAUGGAGCAAGGCCAAGGAGCCAGUUUUCAAGAGCAAUGCUCCCACGAGCCAGUGGGGACCGGGCCACAGCUGCUUCACCGUCUCAGAGGAUGGCAUGAGUGACCUGCUCGUAUUCCAUGACCGCGGGUAUCGUGAUAUCAAGGGCGAUCCAUUGAACGACCCGAACAGGCGCACCAGGGUGCAGAAGGUCUAUUGGAAGGCUGAUGGAACACCUGACUUUGGUAUUCCUGUGGCUGACGGCAACACGCCUGUAAGACUAAAAGUAGCUUCCGCGUCUGGCCUCUUCGUGACGGCCCAAGAUGAUGCUCUUGUGGGGUUAGCUUUGCCGAGCGUUGAGGCAUCGCAGUUUCGCAUAGUCACUCCAGGCCUAGCUGGGGAUGGUACUCUAAGCCUUGAAUCUGCCUCCUCUCCUGGGUUAUUCAUCUCUUAUUCUGGAACCGAGGUCAAACUUGGCGAGGAUGAUAAAUCCGAUGCCUUCUCCAAAGCCUCUUCGUUCUACCAGCGUCAAGGACUCUCGGAUGAAUCUGGUGUUUCGUUCGAACUGAUCAACGGUUCGGAGAUUAUGGACAAACUUGAAGAUGCCGCGACAAACCUGGAUGAUGAGCUGCGUGUUGCCAUACGUUUUAUUACUACCAAUAUACCCACGGAGCCUUCUGGUAGAGCAGCACGGAUCGCUAACGACUUCGCCCAACGCAUUUCGGGCCUCAUGAGGGCCUUUAGUUGA